ACUCUGUUCUCGCCGCCGUUUGUUUCCUUUUGGUUUUCAGAAAGCCUCUUCGGAAAUUUUACCCACCCUUUCCACUCUUUCGAUUCCUGAGAUUUCUAGGGUUCUUCUGCAGAGAAAGAGAUAGAGUGAGUAGCGGCCGAGCAUAGAGGCAUUGAAAUUUGUGGUAUUGGGGUUCUUCAAAUCGGGACCCUAGUCCUGUGAACAAUAACCAUGGCUCGGCGCAGAGGCGAUGACGACGAUGAUGAUCUUGACGAGGAGUACGGUGAAGAGGAUGCUGCGGCAGAGUUUGACGAUGAAGAGGAGGAGGAGAUAGUUGGCCGUGGCGGGAGUUCGAGUCGGAAGAGGGGAAGAUCGGAUUUUAUUGAUGAUUAUGCGGAGGAGGAUUCCGAAGAGGAGGAGGAGGAUGAGGAAGACGAUGAUUAUGGAGGUCGUGGAGCAAGGGGAAAUAAGAAGAAGAAGAAGUCUUCGGCUUCCAUAUUUUUGGAUGAGGAAGCUCAGGUGGAUGAGGAGGAUGAAGAGGAAGAAGAAGAAGGAGAGGACGAUUUCAUAGUGGAUGGUGGAGCCGACAUACCUGAUGAGGGUGUUGGUAGACGACUUCAUGAACGUAGGUUUCUUUCUCGUGAGGAAAACGAAGAGGAUGUUGAAGACCUUGAAAGGAGAAUUCAGGAGAGGUAUUCUAGGCAUCAUGCGGAAUAUGAUGAGGAGGCCACAGAUGUUGAGCAGCAAGCACUUUUGCCAUCAGUCCGGGAUCCAAAAUUGUGGAUGGUGAAAUGUGUGAUUGGCCGUGAAAGGGAGGUUGCUGUUUGUCUAAUGCAAAAAUUCAUUGAUAGAGGAUCAGAUUUGCAGAUCAGGUCUGUUAUUGCACUUGAUCAUCUGAAAAACUAUAUAUAUGUUGAAGCAGAUAAGGAAGCUCACGUGAAAGAGGCCAUCAAGGGAAUGCGGAAUAUUUUUCAUAGUCAGAAGAUUUUACUUGUUCCUAUAAGAGAAAUGGCAGAUGUUCUGUCCGUUGAAAGCAAAGCAAUUGAUUUAUCUCGGGAUACCUGGGUUAGAAUGAAGAUUGGAACAUAUAAAGGGGAUCUUGCUAAGGUUGUUGAUGUAGAUAAUGUGCGUCAGAGGGUCACAGUCAAGUUGAUCCCGAGGGUUGAUAUGCAGGCACUAGCUAAUAAGUUGGAAGGGAGAGAAGUUGUAAAGAAAAAAGCCUUUGUUCCUCCUCCGCGCUUCAUGAAUAUUGAUGAGGCGAGGGAAUUGCACAUUCCUGUUGAGCGCCGGAGAGAUCCAAUUACUGGUGAAUACUUCGAAAAUAUUGGUGGCAUGCAAUUCAAAGAUGGUUUCUUGUACAAAACUGUCUCGAUGAAGUCAAUUACUGCUCAGAAUAUUACACCAAGUUUUGAUGAGCUUGAAAAAUUCAAUAAACCAAGUGAAAAUGGGGAGAGCAACAUUGCUAGUCUGUCAACUUUAUUUGCAAACAGAAAGAAAGGGCAUUUCAUGAAGGGGGAUGCAGUUAUUGUCAUCAGGGGUGAUCUAAAAAAUUUGAAGGGAUGGGUCGAGAAAGUGGAUGAAGAGAAUGUUCAUAUCAAGCCAGAAAUGAAAGGCCUCCCUAAAACUGUUGCUUUAAACGAGAGAGACCUUUGCAAAUACUUCGAACCUGGAAAUCAUGUGAAGGUUGUUUCUGGAACCCAUGAAGGAACAACCGGCAUGGUUAUCAAAGUUGACCAGCACGUUCUUAUCAUUCUGUCUGAUACAACUAAAGAAGAUAUACGUGUAUUUGCUGAUCAUGUCGUUGAGAGCUCAGAAGUGACAACAGGUGCUACCAAAAUUGGAGACUAUGAACUCCAUGACCUUGUCCUUCUGGAUAACCUGAGCUUUGGAAUAAUCAUACGACUGGAAAAUGAAGCUUUUCAGGUUCUUAAAGGGGUCCCAGACAGACCAGAGGUUGCUCUUGUCAAACUCAGAGAAAUCAAGUGCAAAAUUGAGAAGAAAUCUGAUGCGCAAGACCGCUACAAAAAUACCAUCUCUGUGAAAGAUGUUGUCAGAGUCAUUGAGGGUCCUAGCAAAGGAAAGCAAGGUCCAGUGAUGCAUAUUUAUAAAGGGGUCUUAUUUAUAAAUGACCGACAUCACCUUGAGCAUGCUGGAUUUAUCUGCGCUAAGUGUACAUCAUGUGUUGUUGUUGGUGCACCACGCCCUGGUGCUGAUAGAAAUGGUGAUUCCUUCUCAAGGUUUGGCACUUUCAAGACACCAGCCCCAGUACCCCAAUCUCCAAGGAGAUUUCAACGUGGAGGCAUGGGAUAUAACUCUGGAGGGAGACAUAGGGGAGGAAGAGGGGGUCAUGAUGCCCUGGUGGGUACUACAGUCAAAAUUCGCCUGGGUCCUCACAAGGGAUAUAGGGGACGUGUAGUGGAAGUCAAAGGUCCAUCGGUACGUGUGGAACUUGAAUCUCAGAUGAGGAUUGUGACAGUUGACCGGAAUGCAAUUUCAGAUAAUGUGGUUGUGACACCAACAAGAGACACAUCUCGGUAUGGUAUGGGAAGCGAAACACCUAUGCAUCCUUCUCGCACUCCACUUCAUCCAUAUAUGACUCCAAUGAGGGAUCCUGGAGCUACACCUAUCCAUGAUGGGAUGAGAACCCCCAUGCGUGAUAGAGCUUGGAACCCUUACACGCCUAUGAGUCCACCUAGGGAUAACUGGGAAGAUGGGAAUCCGGGUUCUUGGGGAACAAGCCCACAGUAUCAGUAUAAAGGGGCGAGCAUGACUCGUGUUGCAGAAAACUGUUGCUCUAGUACACCUGGCGGUAGUUACAGUGAUGCUGGGACACCGAGGGACAACGGCUCGGCCUAUGCAAAUGCGCCAAGUCCUUACCUACCAUCUACACCUGGGCAACCGCAACCCAUGACACCAAGCUCGGCAUCGUACUUGCCUGGAACUCCUGGAGGACAACCAAUGACUCCUGGAACCGGUCUCGAUGUCAUGUCCCCUGUUAUCAGUGGAGAUGCCGAAGCAUGGUUCAUGACUGAUAUUGUGGUCGACGUACACAAAGCUGGAGAAGAUAGUGAUGUGGGAAUAAUCCGAGAUGUUCUUCCGGACGGCUCUUGUAAAGUGGCUCUCGGGUCAAGUGGGGAAGGCGACGUUAUAACGGCCCUCCCGAGCGAACUGGAGAUAGUUUCUCCGAGGAAGAACGAUCGUGUCAAGAUCGUCGGGGGUCCGUAUCGCGGGUCGACAGGUAAACUAAUUGGGAUCGACGGUUCGGACGGAAUUGUUAGGAUAGAUGACAGCCUUGACGUUAAGAUUCUGGAUUUGGCUAUAUUAGCAAAAUUAGCUCAAGCAUGAGAUCAGUCUAGUUCGUUUUCAGUUAUGAAGUGAAAUCCAUGAUGUGACCAUAUACAUAAAUUGUAUACAAAUUUCUUAGUUGUUUUUUAGAGAAAUUUUGGGAAUCCAUUGCAUUUCCGUGCAUUUGUAUUUGUAAUAUCAUUGGGUAAUCAUGUUUUUUUUUAA